CUAAUAAACCGCCAAGCAGCAACAGCUGUGCGACUAACAAAAACCUUUUUCUUCACCGAAACCAAGAGGAAUUGAUGGAUUGUAAAAUAAAAUAAAAUGAAGCGAACCAGCACAGCAUCGACCCCAUCAUUAAUGGGAUCUCCUGUGAAGACACCAAAGUAUGUGUUGCAUUCGGGAAGCUCCAGUUCACCGGUCACAUCUCUGGGAGUAGCCAUCAAUUCGUUACCACCGAAUACCAUAAUUAAGGCCACCACUAGACCAUCAGCAACUCCUCCUUCUGGUACUAGUUCACCCGCCUCCAGUACAUCCCAUCCGACAGUGUCAGCUGCUCCUCGUGUCGCAUCUGUAGUUCGUCAGGCUGUCUUCACCAAACGGGAUAUGCCACAACGAACUAUGCGCAGCAUGACCCUUACUUUGAUUGAGAACUCUCCACUGCUUCACCUGGGCAUAGUUAGGGAGCAUAUGACUAUACUGAAGCGUCACAUAUGCCGGAUUGCCAAUGUCACACAUUUGGAUUGUUGCAUUACCCUAAGGAAGUUGCGUCAGAAUGAGCCAUUCGCCCUGCUGGCUGAAUACUUUGAGUUGAGCGAAUCAGAUGUAGAGGAAACUUUCAAGCGUACCCUCAUCCGACUGGCUCGUUGUAUGCGUGCUUUGAUCUGCUGGCCGAAUACUCAACAGUUUUACGAUAGACUGAAGCAAACACCCGUGGAUUAUCGAGCCAAUCUUUUGCAUGUUCGUUCGCUAAUUGAGUGCGUUGAGACGGAUGUGUGGAAACCCUUGGAAUUUGCUUGCUCCAGCUAUAAGUUUAUCCUGUGUAUCAAUACAAAUGGCAUUGUCAGUUACAUCUCGCCAGCAUUUCCCGGUGAAUGUGAUGAUCUGCAGAUGUUUGAGGCCACCAAUUUCAAUGAUAUUAUACCCAAUUAUCUGACUUUAUGCGCUGAACCAGGUCAGGCAGUUCAACGUGAGCGAAGGGAUCCCCAAAUGGAGGAUGAAUAUGGCGAAGAGGAUGAUUUUCGAUCCGAAUCAAAGCAACCAGCAUUAACUAAAUUUGAGGCACAACGGCUGACUGGUGAACUGGCCCAGCAGCAAUCAUUAUCGAUUAUUGAUGGCUGCUUAAUCUCCAAGAAGGCUCCAUCCAUGCAGCUGCCCACUUUGCGUAAUUCAGAACCAGCUCCCGCCUGUCGAUUGCAAAUGCAAGACGCCAUUGAUAGACUGAGAGAGUAUAAGAUCUUGGAACACAAUGCCAUACAACAGAAGUCGUUGUUGGGCUAUCUAAAUGAGCUGCUUAUAGUUGUUGCCGGACUCUGUAAUCUCAAGAGGCAGGGUCUAUAAAGUAACUCUUAUUUAGAUUAGAUGUGAAUUUUUGCCUGUUUUAAGGUCAUAGUUUGUGAGUGUUUAAAAUGUAAUCUAGUUUUAGUUGAGAUUCCAAUGGACGUACUUGGAGAUAUGUUGUAGAAUUUGUUUUUUCUUCUAUUAAUCUUGAUUCACACACGAAACCUUUAACCAUUGUAAGACUAAGUCGGAGGUAGACAAAUUAAUGUUGAAACAGCUGCAAAAGCUGCUAAUUAAAACAAAUUCAUUUGUUUUUCAUACCAUAUGCUAACCGCAGUCUCGAUGGUGUUUAUUUUGGUUUUAAACUCUUCGAGAGUUUCAAACUCGCAGAGUUCAUAUUAACUCUUAUAUUUUGCCAAAUUUUGCUUUGUAGAUAGGCCUGUCUCUAUACAAAUUGUUUGCCUAUAAAGUUUGUUUAGCAUUUUUGCCGCGCCUCGGUAAUUAAUAAAGAAAAGCAAAUAACUUUUUUUGUUGCAAUACUCUGGCUAUUUAUGGCAUGUGGUUAAUGAUUUUAAUACCCUUUCAAUGGGUUAUAUUAUUUAUUAUUCUCCUCAAACAGAGUAUAUCUAUAUAUAUAGUUUCAUGCACGUGUUAGGGAUUGAUUAUGAUUAAAAAGUGAUUAAGAAUCGUUUAUAUUAAGAGCCAAUAUAUUUCAAUUGAAAGUGUAAUGAUCAAAAAGUAAAUAAACAAGUAUGAAUUAUAAGAAACAA